GUCUAGCGAUGACCUCACGGGUGUCGUUGACGAGGUCGCCGUGCGGCAAGGCGGCGUGUCUGGGUUGUGCCGAUCAUACCUCUCACCACCGGGACGCGCCCGUCAGACGAGCCGUGAAACCCAGGAUGUUCCUGUGCAAUCAGAAGAACUGCAACAAGCAGUUCAACUCCAUGGACAAGCUGGGGGCUCAUCUUAGGGUGCACAACAAACCCAGCGUCUUCUACCCGUGUCCAAAGUGUUCAUUUAAGUGCAGUUCCCAGAAGAAGCUAGAAUUCCACAUCCACAACAAGCAUGUCUUAGACCAUGGCAAAUGGAAGGGAGCAAGUAAUGCCAAAAGAAAACCCUCUGCUCUCAUUCUGUGGCAUCAUGUUGGUAACAGAUACAAGUGUGGUCAGUGCCAAUUCAGCACAGUAUCCAGGCCGGCCAUUUCAGAGCAUUGCAGAGACCACAGGGCUGGGUCAACUGGAGCAGUAACAAAGGCAAAGGCAGUCAAACCAACCAAGACAGUUCUUCCACAAAAGAGGCCACAAGUAAGGAGAAAAGCUGGCCAGAAGAAUACAGGAAAAGAGGAAGUGUCCAAAGUAUCUGACACACAUCAGAUGUUGAGGAGAUCCAAGAGGAAGAUGUCCUAACUAAGAUACUUACUUUGUGCACUCUAUACUACUUACGUACACAUAUAUAUCUGUAUUGUACAGUAUAUGAUAGAUGAAACACAAUUAUUCAAUCAAAGUGAUAUUUUGGUAAACAUGUCACUAGUAUCAUCCACAUGUGAUUUGAUGUUCAUUAUUAGUUGCCUAUUUGACCACCAAAUUAUUUUCAUAAUUUGAUGGUUUUCAUUUUGUUACACCUGAGUUAUAUUUAUGUUUUGUAGAUGCAUGGAGUUAAAAGGAUCCUCCUUGGUAGAUGUAGUUGAACAGCUAGUAAUUUGGAACCUACCUUUCCAUACCCAUCUACUUGUUCAUACAUGUUCAUGUAUAUUAUAAAAUACUAGUAACCAUGUUAAGCAUUUAAUUCUGUUCAGUUCUAUGUUUUUUUUUUUAAAGGAUGAAAGUAAAGAGGCUGGCCAGCAGUUCAAAUUAUAAGCCAUACAAAUGGGAACAAAUGCUAUAUUAUUGACAAUAUGCUAAAUUAUGCAGUACGUAGAACAACUAUAACUCAGGGACCUGGAGCUUCCAUGACAUAGUUAAUAUAAGCAACCUGUUGGAUAAUGUUGUGCAGCAAAUAAUUUGCUAACUUUAAUCAUGCUACCAGCAACUAGCCCCACAUUCAGAUAGACACUGGUGAAUGAGCUUGCUUUUUUUUUUGACUGGGAGUAAGCAUGUAACUCAGACUGAGCAUUUUUCAGGGAUCUAUUUGUAUGUGAUUUUAUACAGACAUGUUGUUAAGUUGGUAGUUUAUCAGUACUUUUGACAUGGAAACUGGUCCUAGU